AUGGCUGUUAGUCGUUCCUAUCCCUUCUCCACCCGCCUCUCCGGCUCCCUUCCUAUUCUCACUUCACUUGUACUAAUUCUGACGUGCUGUCUAUCCACGGCGGUGGGCACGAAUCUCAACUUCCCCUUCUCACUGCAGCGCUACGGCCCCAACUACACGGAGAGCAACUUCGCCUUUGCGGCUGAGAGGGGCGUCGCUGUCAACCGCUUCGUGUCACGUCGCAACCGCACGAUCAGCUUCCAACCCUCGUCUCCCAUAUCCCUCUGCCAACCGCCCUCCCCCCUCCCUUCCUCUCCAUGGCAGUUUGCUGAUUGGCAUGGUGCUGCAGCAGGAUCGGUGGGUUGCUCUUCAUAUCCUCCUUUCCCACCUCCUCCCCACUACCUGCGCCACCUCCUCCCCACUACCUGCGCCACCUCCUCCCCACUACCUGCGCCACCUCCUCCCCACCAGCUGCACCACCUCUUCCCCCAUCCCACCAAGUGUGCCUCCUCCUUCCCCCCCCCUCUCCCCAGGCUGCUGCACUUGGCAGGGUGGUGCAGCAACGGCACGUCCAGGGAGCCGUUUGGAGUGAACCCGCACUUCCUGCCCACGUCGGCCAUCUACGACAGCGCUGCCAGUGCCAACAUGACCCAGCUCGACAACAACACCUUCGGUGUCAAACUGCGCUUCAACCCGCAGGGCCUCCCCUACGGCUUCAUUUACCCCAUGGAGUCCCUCACAACCCUCCCCUUGGUGUUUGAUACCAAUCUCGAUAACGAGGUAGCCAUGCGCCGUCUACACUACCUGGUGGAUGGCAGCUAUAUCGACAAUGGCACUCGCAGUGUGGACGUCAGCUUCAUCACUUUCAACGGUACUUGCUUUGCUUCUCACCACCGAAGCUUUGAUGACAACCUUCACCCCACGUUGGCAGGCGAAACGCUCACGUUCGUGCUGACCACAGUGAGGUGCACGUUGAACGCUGGAGGCAGCAUGGCGGUGACCAUAAAGUCACAGCCGGCAGCCAUGGCCAUGUAUGAUGCAUCGGCAGGCAACAUCGCACGGCUGGUACUGGAGGUGGUGUAUUUGGUGGGGCUGCUCUGGAAUGUGUGUGGCGAGCUGCAGGAGAUGGCCGACCGUGCUGCCGUUGAUGGCUCUGUGCUCAGCUACUUUUGCCUCGUGUGGAACUGGGUCGACAUGCUCUCCCUCGCACUGCAACUGGCUGCCGUUGUCAUCUGGGUGGUGCUGUGGCGGUACGUGGACGCGUUUGACAUGCAGCCGCGCUACGACAUCUACUACACGCUCCUCGAGAUGCCGCGCUACUGGGCCGUGCCCAACCCGCCCACGGGCUUCAUCGGCGCCACUCAGGCCUUCGCAGAGCUGCGCAACAUCAUCAACCUCCGCGCCGUCUACUUCGCCCUUCAGGGCAUCAAUGUGUUCUUCAUGAUGAUUCGCCUGCUCAAGGUCAUGGACUUCCAGCCCUACCUUGGGGUCAUCACGCGCUCCCUCAGCCUCGCCACGCCCUCGUUGCUGCACUUCUUCCUGCUCUCCUUUGCCGUCUUCUUCUGCUUCAGCAUGUACGGCUACCUCGUCUUUGGAGGCGCACUCGAAAUGUUCUCUACAGUGCUAGAGUCCAUGUUCUCAUGUUUCCUCCUCCUCCUCAACGACAACUCCUCAGCCUUCUUCUUCCAGCGCCUGGAGUCGUGGGACCUCAUAGCCGCAAUGCUCUUUUUCUUCAUGUUCAUCGUCUUCAUGGUCUUCAUCCUCCUCAACUUCCUCAUCGCCAUCAUUGUCGAUGCCUUCAUGAGUGUCAAGGAUAGCAACAUCGUCGCCACCUCUAUAACCUCUGACCUAGGGCACAUUAUCAAGUACAAGUGGAAUUGCUGGCGUGGCCGUUACUUGCGGUAUCCCGUCAUUCUCGACCGCCUUGUGGAGUUGGGAGCUAAGGACACCCGAGUGGAAGAAGUGAGAUCUGGGCACCCAAGAGCAUCCUUGUUGGCAAGGUUAGAGGUCAAAGAAUCCAUUCAUUGA